UGUCGGUUCGUGAGAAAGUGGAGAGGGAUUCUCGCACCGCAGAGGACAUUUAAAUCGACUGCAGGCCAGACGGACCGACCAAGGCAAACUUUUGGAUCUGCUGUUCCCCUGCUGUUUCAGGGAAAGCGUUCCUCCGCAACCCGUCGGUCCCGAGCACCUUCCGUUUCUCCUACAUCGCUACCGUUCGUUUGAACCUACCUAUCUGUCCGCCUGCCUGCCUGCGCCCUCCUCUCUCUCCCUCUCCUCUCACGGCUUUCGGAGAACACUGACUGACAGACGCGAGACGAGUUUAGUGGCGUCGUGGCCGAGAGCAGCGGAACGCACGCACGUUUGCGCACGCUUAUUUAUUAAGGAUCCUUCCGUCGACGCGUCGCGAUUAUUUAUUUGUCUCGUUUACGUUGUGCUUUUCGCGCAGUAACACGUGUGGAAGCAACCCGAAGCCACCUCGAAGGAAGGAAGUGAAGAGCACGAAGGAGCAUCGUCCACGAUUUGUCGUCGCGCAAACGGGGGAGAGAGGGAGAGAGAGAGAGAGAGAGAGAGAGAGAGAGAGAGAGAGAGAGAGAAGGAAAUAAAGAAAUCGAUUCUCGGACAAGAGGCAAGGAAAAUGUGUAGUGCAUAAGAAACUGUACCAAGAAACGGACACUCCUCUCUCUUUCUCGUCGCCGUCUCGCUCGGUGCGACUUCGCACUUACACACGUGCACACAUAUAUACACACACACAUCACGCACGCCCGUGCUGCCGACGUCGUCGUCGUCGUCGUCGUCGUUGUCGCCGUGUUUCGCGACUCGUCGCGAGGUGAGUGAUCCGUCGUCUCGAACCACCGUAACGAGCGACUCGUCGUCAUCGUCAUCCGAUUCGCCGCUGUGAAAAAGUGUUAAGUGCCCCCCGACACUCGUCUCCGCGUCCCCCCUUCCCCUCCCAGUUUCUUGCUAUCUCUCGUCUUCUCUCACGCGGAGAUCCAGCGGAACCUACCGAGAACGUGCGAGCACGUGGACACACACAGGGCACACCGAGCCGGGACGUUCCUCCGGAGGAACGCGAACGGGACAGCCGGUACGUCUCGAAGUGUAGUCCGAGGUGUGGUGAUCGUCGAUUCGGGCUCGCGCGUCGAACGCCGUCAUCGUCGUCGGAGUCACUUGGUCGCUCAUCAUGGAUCUCCUCUGCUGCGAGACCACGGAGAACAACUGCCGGGCCUACGCCGACCCGGCGCUCCUCGACGACGACCGGGUCCUGCAGAACCUUCUGCAGACCGAGGAACGAUACGCGCCCAGCAGCUCAUACUUCGAGUGCGUGCAGAGGGACAUCUCGCCGCUCAUGCGCAAGAUCGUCGCCGAGUGGAUGUUGGAGGUAUGCGAGGAGCAAAAGUGCCAGGACGAGGUCUUUCCCCUGUCGAUGAACUACGUCGACAGGUUCCUCUCGAUCUGCCCGAUCAGGAAGUCUCAGUUGCAGUUGCUCGGCACCGCCUGUCUCCUGCUGGCGUCAAAACUGCGCGAGACAUCGCCGCUCGCGGCCGAGGUUCUCGUUUUCUACACGGACAACUCCAUCACUUUGGACGAUCUCUGGAGGUGGGAGCAGCUGGUCGUUUCUAAGUUGAAAUGGGAAUUGUCCGCGGUGACGCCCGGCGACUUCCUCAUGCACAUCCUCAGCAGAUUGCCGAUGCCCCGUACCUGGGACACCGUCAUGGUCAGGAGGCACGCGCAGACCUUUAUCGCUCUCAGUGCAAGAGAAUACAAGUUCUCCAUGUACACGCCGAGCAUGAUCGCGGCGGCGAGCGUUGCGGCGGCGUUGCACGGGCUCGACUGGACCGGGAAGACCGGCUGCGGAUUAGCCGGUCUCUUGGACGAGCUCACCCGUAUCACUGCCAUCGAACAGGACUAUCUGCAGGGCUGUCUGGAACAGAUCGAGGAGAUGGUCCAGGCGCACGUGGGUGCCGAAGUUGCCGCCGGAAGCGGGCAUCAGGUAACGAGCACCGGCGGCGGCCCGAGCGCACCGCAAAGGCCGCUGGGGGACCAGAACACAAGUCAGGAGAAAAUACUGGAGCACGAGAAGGCAGGCACGCCGACCGAUGUCAGGGACGUACAUUUUUGAAAACCGCAGCAGGGGGACACUCCGCAGGGACCGACACACCGCCGGUGAGUCUCUAUGCCGAGGAAGAGAGAAUAGGCUCCAGCAGUAGCGGUGAGGAGGACGAGACCGACGGGCAGCCGAGGAAGAAACGAAGGAGAAAAAGCUCGAACGAGGAG